UCAGACCUCAAUUAAUUCAACAGUCACCUCGACAGGUUCCUACCUCCCUCUCCUGCACGCUUUUGUAUUCACCAACCUCCCGCUGCUGCGGCGGCAGUAUCGCGUACUGUAGCAUACAUCGCGAACACCUUGAUUCCUUGAGGGCGACAACACCACAGCUACCAUCACCACCAUAGCCAUGGAUAAACUGAAGUCCAAGGCCCGGACUGCCCGCAAUACGGUCGCUGAACGUGCGUCGCGCGGGACCGGUACCGCGUCCUUGUCCGCUCCCCAUGAAGGACUCCCACCGCAAGACAAUGCCAGCACCACUGCUGUCAACGAAGGCAUUCUCGGCCCUCAGACUGCUGCUCGCGACUUCGCUGCUGGAGACGACCAACCCGUGCCUCAGCCUAGAAUAGAACCUCCUACCUCCCUGCAGUCCUCCGUCGAUGCCGGAAAGCCUGUCCCCAAGCCGCUUCCCAGGCCCCCAAAUCCCGAAAGUUACUCCAGUUACUCAAGGCAGAACCUAAGCCCGCCUCAAGAUGCGACCAUCAUUCCCGGUAGACAAAGAAGUACCUCCGCACCACAACGAAACCUGUUAGCUCCUCCCACUCGUCCUUCUAUGCGCCCCAACACCAGCAUGCGUCAGUCCAGUAUCGCCAUCCGGCGGAUGCCCUCGCACGCGGAACUCAGACAGCAGCUAGAGGCCGACAAGGAAGCUGCUACUGCCGCUAACAAUCAGUUGCGUACUCCUGGUGAGAAGCUGGCACCCCUCGACGAAGACUGUGCCCUGGCCCUGAAUGACGCCCAAGCCCAUCCACUGCCUCCCACACCGACACCCACGCCAGGCGACGGACAGACUCCAGGAUUCUUCAGGAGGGCCAGUCAAACUAUCCAACAGAGAUUUGGCAUGGGCAGCACCGGCAGCGAGGACAGGCAAUUCGUAGAACCUACUGGUACCCAUGUUACGACGCCACUCCCACAAAAUGUCUAUCGUUCCGAUAUAGUGGACGUUUUGGACACUAUUGAUCCCGAAGUGCAAACGUUGACAUCGCUCACCAACGUCCAAAACUCAUUAUUCGUCCCCAAUUUGGGUCGCUUUGUCAAUCGACGGCCGACAUACACUCUACGCCCUGCGCCAAGUGAAGUGCAGAGUCUCGAAGAUAUCAAUACCAUACUAGAACCUGCCCGUGCAGCUCAGGCCGAAGAACAACAGGCACAACAAGCAGCACCGUCGCUGGUCAGAUCGCAGACUGGUGCCACCAUGACCACCCUGAACACAAUCGACUCUCAUCUGAGCGAUUCGCGAUAUGCCGUGUUACCUCAUGGGACAUCUCUUGAAGGCUGGACGAGGGAAGAAAAGCAGGAAUUGAACGAUCACGUCCGACACAUGCUGCACUCCCGAAGGUCUAAAUUCAAGCGAUCCAUGAGAGGUUUCGGCCAAUACGUUCGUCGUCCUCUGGGCUUCGCCGUUACGUUAUAUGCUACACUCAUCACCCUCUUUGGUCUUGCAUGGGUGCUCUUCUUAAUCGGCUGGGUCAACGUCGGUGGCCACCAGAUCUAUGUCAUUCACAUCAUCGACAGUGUACUCGUUGCUCUCUUCGCCAUUGUUGGAGACGGUCUAGCUCCCUUCCGCGCGGUUGAUACUUAUCACAUGAUUUACAUCGCGCAUUAUCAUCACUACACUUGGUCGCGUAGAAAGAAGGACUUGUUGCCAGAACUCCACGACCAUAACGAUCUGCCUUCCAACAACGCUCCUAUGACUAGGCGUCGCGAUUCCGACACCGAGGACCCGGAAAAGCAACUGGAAUUCACCGUUCUCACCCCCAAGCAGCAAGCUAAACUCGAGCACCACCAGGCCAAGUUCUGCAAGUCGCAUUCGUUCUACAAGCCACACGAGACCGAAACCCAUUACGCCUUUCCCCUUCGUCUCCUCGUCGCCAUCGUCGUUCUUUUGGAUUGUCACUCACUGCUCCAAAUCUCGCUCGGAGCAUGCACGUGGGGUAUCUACUACAAGCACCGCCCCUUUGCGAUCACCACUGUCAUUCUAUGUGUUUCCAUCACCUGUAACGCGACAGCAGGUCUGUUGAUCUUGCUCGGCGACAAGAAGACCAGGAAGAAGGACGUCCUCGAGCGUAUGAACAGACAGGAAUUGACUGAGGAGGCAAUGCGUCACAUCGCGAAGAAGAAGGAGCGUGAAAGUGAGAGCGAGAGGGAAGAGGAGGAAGGCAAAGGAAGGCGCAGCUUGGAUAUAUUCCGACGUCACGGCGGACCGAGCAAGGUUUCCAGCAAGACGGAGGACAAGAACGGAAAAGUCGAGGCAUAUCCUUGAAACUAUGCACAUACUAAUCUCUCUUAUAUGUUGUUAUUUUCGCUUCAGGCUAUUGGAUAUUUAGAUUCAGCGCGAGAUGUUUGGUGUUGGGGUAUAUGUGGUAGUAAUCUUGGUCUGAUGUUAUUUCCGCGAUCUUAACAUCAGCCUCGAU